AGAAUUUGUUACACAUGUUUUCAUGAUCAACAUCUGAUUUCGAAUUCGAUUAUUGUUUUUUUUGAAUUUUUAGACAUUUUUUUUUUUGGUCAAAAAUUUCAAAUAAAUCAAAUACAAUGCCCGCAUAUGAAUUAGUUUUGUUGAUCAAAAAACUACAAAAACCUGAACUAGCAUCAUGUAUGAAACGUGCAGCCAAUUUUAUUUUCGAUAAUAAUGGUAUUUUACGAAAAAUGGAAUAUUUUGGCCUACAGCCAUUACAUUUUCGUCUAUCCUCAUCGAUACCGAAUGCUAAACGUUUUAAUCAGGCCAAUUUCCUUUUAUAUCAUCUGGAUCUACCACAGGAAUCGAUGAAAAAAGUAUUCGAAGAUUGUCGUUAUGAUACGGAUAUAAUACGUGCAUAUUUUGUGAAAAAAGAAUCCAAUCUACCCGAUGGUUACCAUUGUACAUUGAAUGAUGAAUUAAAACCACCAGCAUUACGACCAUCGGUAAUGUCAUUAAUUGAAGAGGGAAGAAAAAAGAAAGUCGAUUAUAAUAUGGGUGAUUCGAAAAAUGUUCGACAAAUUUUGUAAAAAACAUUUUUUUUUUAAUUGUCUUCGAAACAAAAUACUUGUACUUUCACACAUCGUAGUCAUUUGUCAUUUGAAAUAAAUACAA